GCGCCGUAUCCGAACCCGUACUCGGCGAUACGAGAGCGACAAUACCUUGGGCCAAUCUGCCGCGCUCCGACCCGGUUCGAGUUCUCGGAUCGGUGUUUCAACCCCGUAACGAUACCCACCUACCGGGAUUAGCGCCAGUCCCAACCAGGUACCGUAUUGCGUACUGUCACGCAGAUACGGUAUCAACAGUCUCAACUCCCCAACAACAAACUUCCACAACUUCUCCUGGCGUCAUUUUUUCGCCGGUUGCUGGCUUCAUUUUUCCUCCUCUCUCCUCCGCCAUCUGCUUCCCACCCACCCCGGACUUGUCUGUCUCUCUCACUCGUCCUCUCACUCACUGACGGACUUCUAGAUUGACUGGAGGGAUUCUUCUCCUGGCUCAUUCAUUGCUGGUCAGAGAGGAACUGUAGUCCGCUCUUUCUUGCUCACCCUCUUCCUUAUCUAUCUUGACAUGCCCUUGGAGUUUUUCUCUUUCUUCCGAUCUUAAUUAUUUUAUUUUUCUCAAACUCCCACCAAUUUGUAUCCAGUAUCUCUCUUCCCCUCCAAUUCCUGCAAUAAAUCCUAUACUCCGAUAAUCUCUCUUCCCUCCUCUUCCUCCCCUUCAUCCAUCUCAAUUACCAUCAAUCAACAUGCGCCCCGAAGUCGAGCAAGAGCUCGCCCACACCCUCCUCGUCGAGCUCCUCGCAUACCAAUUUGCUUCUCCUGUCAGAUGGAUCGAAACCCAAGAUGUCAUCCUCCAGGAGAAACGGACGGAACGCAUCGUUGAAAUAGGCCCCGCUGACACCCUUGGUGGAAUGGCCAGACGCACCAUCGCCUCAAAGUACGAAGCUUACGACGCAGCUACUUCAGUUCAACGCCAGAUCCUGUGUUAUAACAAAGAUGCGAAGGAGAUUUAUUAUGAUGUUGAUCCCGUGGAGGAUGUCCCACAGCCUGUGGCCGCUGAUACUCCUUCUACCACUCCUGCUGCAGCUGCUAGCUCUACUCCCACUCAUGUAGCUGUUCCAGUUGCGGCUCCAGCUCCAUCGGCUGGCCCAGCAGCUGCUGUUGAGGAUGCGCCUGUUUCAGCUCUGGAUAUAGUUAGAGUGCUUGUCGCACAGAAAUUGAAGAAGCCGCUGGCAGAUAUUCCGCUAACAAAAGCUAUUAAGGAUCUUGUUGGAGGUAAAUCAACCCUUCAAAAUGAAAUUUUGGGUGAUCUCGGAAAAGAAUUCGGUUCAACCCCAGAGAAACCAGAAGAUACCCCAUUGGAUGAGCUGGGUGCUACCAUCCAGACUACUUUUGAUGGCCAGCUUGGCAAACAAUCCUCAUCACUCGUUGCCAGACUCGUUUCCUCCAAAAUGCCCGGUGGCUUCAAUAUUACUGCUGUGAGAAAAUACCUUGAAACAAGAUGGGGACUGCAAUCAGGACGACAAGACGGCCUUCUUCUACUGGCUUUAACCAUGGAGCCUGCGUCGCGAUUGGGCUCGGAAUCGGACGCCAAAGCAUACUUGGACGAUGUUGCCAACAAGUAUGCUGCGAAUGCGGGUAUCAGUCUUUCUACUGCUUCCGCUGGUGGUGAUGGAGGCAGUGCAGGUGGUGGCAUGAUGAUGGACCCAGCCGCCCUGGACGCUCUGACGAAAGACCAACGCUCAUUCUUCAAGCAGCAGCUCGAACUUACUGCGCGAUACCUCAAGAAAGAUCUUCGCGCAGGCGAUAAAGCUUUCCUAGCCUCCCAGGAAACUCAGGCUGCUCUCCAGGCGCAACUGGAUCUGUGGCAUGCUGAGCAUGGCGAUGUAUAUGCUUCUGGCAUAUUCCCGUCCUUUGACCCUCUCAAGGCUCGCGUAUACGAUUCAUCCUGGAACUGGGCGAGACAGGAUGCGCUCAACAUGUAUUACGAUAUCAUUUUCGGCCGGCUAAAGGUUGUGGAUCGCGAAAUUGUCAGCCAAUGUAUUCGUCUAAUGAAUCGAUCGAACCCUCUUCUGUUGGAAUUCAUGCAAUACCAUAUCGACAACUGCCCCACUGAACGCGGCGAAACAUAUAAACUCGCAAAGGAACUUGGCCAGCAGCUCAUCGAAAAUUGUAAGGAGGUUCUCAAUGAGAAACCUGUCUAUAAGGAUGUUGCGAUACCCACUGGCCCUCAAACUAUCAUUGACUCACGCGGGAACAUCAAAUACACAGAGAUUCCCCGAGGCAGCGCCCGGAAACUUGAGCAUUACGUCAAGGCCAUGGCGGAGGGCGGACCCAUUUCCGAAUACAGCAACCGCACCAAAGUACAAAACGACCUAAAGAAUGUCUAUAAGCUCAUUCGCAAGCAACACAAACUCUCAAAGUCAUCGCAGUUGCAAUUUAAUGCUCUAUAUCGCGAGGUUCUGCGUGCGCUGUCCAUGAACGAGAACCAGAUCAUGCCGCAAGAGAACGGCCAUGCGAAGAAGGGCAGUCGGAAUAGCUCGAAAUCUCGCAUGAACGGUAACGCCGUCAACGGGAAUGGAAGCGUCAACGGACACGGAAACGGACGCACAGGCAAAAUAGAGACCAUCCCAUUCCUCCACCUCAAGAAGAAACGCGCGAACGGCUGGGACUACAGCAAGAAACUCACCGGCAUCUACCUCGAUGGGCUAGAAUCCGCUGCUCGUUCCGGCGUCACAUUUCAUGGUAAAAAUGCGCUGAUGACAGGUGCAGGUGCGGGAUCAAUUGGUGCUGCUGUUCUGCAGGGUAUGAUCAGCGGUGGUGCCAAGGUUGUUGUCACGACCAGCCGAUUCUCUCGGGAAGUCACAGAGUACUACCAAACUAUGUACACCCGCUACGGUGCCCGGGGUUCUCAGCUUGUUGUCGUCCCGUUCAAUCAAGGCAGCAAGCAGGAUAUCGAAGCGCUUGUGGAGUACAUUUAUGACCCCAAGAAUGGACUCGGCUGGGAUCUGGAUUACGUUGUGCCUUUCGCUGCCAUCUCGGAGAAUGGACGGGAGAUCGAUAGCAUUGACUCGAAAUCCGAACUCGCACACAGACUCAUGUUGACCAACAUCUACCGCCUACUUGGCUGUGUCAAGGCCCAGAAGCACGAGCGCGGGUUCGAAACUCGUCCAGCCCAGGUUAUCUUGCCCCUCUCGCCCAACCACGGCACCUUCGGUAACGAUGGUCUCUACUCUGAGUCCAAGCUCGGAUUGGAAACGCUUUUCAACCGUUGGUACUCCGAGAGCUGGGCGAAUUAUCUCACUAUUUGCGGUGCUGUCAUCGGGUGGACGCGUUGUACCGGCCUCAUGAACGCCAACGACGUGAUUGCCGAAGGCGUCGAAAAACUUGGCGUGCGCACAUUCUCGCAGCAGGAGAUGGCAUUCAAUUUGCUCGGUCUCAUGGCACCUGCCAUUGUCAGCCUGUGCCAGAUCCAGCCUGUCUUUGCCGACCUCAACGGUGGCCUUCAAUUCCUUCCCGACCUCAAUCUGCUGAUGAAGAAACUUCACAGCGAGGUGAAGGAGACCAGCACAGUCCGCCAAGCUGUCAGUAAGGAGACAGCGCUGGAGAACAAGGUUGUCAAUGGCGAGGAUAGCGAGGCAUUGUAUAAGAAGGUCACCACAGAGCCCCGCGCGAACAUCAAGUUUGAAUUUCCGAAGCUGCCUGACUGGAAACAAGAGAUCGAACCUCUCAACGCCAAUCUUAAGGGUAUGGUGAACUUGGAUAAGGUGGUUGUCGUCACAGGCUUCGCUGAGAUUGGGCCGUGGGGUAACUCUCGCACGCGGUGGGAGAUGGAAGCCUAUGGAAAGUUCUCACUCGAAGGGUGCAUUGAGAUGGCAUGGUUGAUGGGACUUAUCAAGAACCAUAACGGCCUCAUCAAGGGCCAGCCAUAUUCCGGCUGGGUCGAUGCGAAGACCGGCGAGCCUGUUAAUGAUAAGGAUGUCAAGGCGAAGUAUGAGAAACAUAUCUUGGAACAUUCUGGUAUUCGUCUUAUUGAGCCGGAGCUUUUCAACGGGUAUGAUCCGAAGAAAAAACAGCUGCUGCAGGAGAUUGUGUUGCAGGAGGAUCUGGAUCCGUUUGAGGCGUCCAAGGAAACCGCGGAGGAGUUCAGGCGCGAACAUGGUGAUAAAGUGGAGAUCUUUGAGAUUCCGGAUUCAGGGGAGUACACCGUUCGCUUGCUUAAGGGUGCUACCCUCAUGAUUCCCAAGGCUCUCAAGUUCGAUCGCUUGGUUGCUGGCCAGAUUCCCACUGGGUGGAAUCCGAAGCACUAUGGUAUUCCAGAUGAUAUUAUUAGCCAAGUGGAUCCUGUUACCCUCUAUGUCCUCGUCUGCACUGUCGAGUCCCUGCUUGCCUCUGGUAUCACCGACCCCUAUGAAUUCUACAAAUACGUCCAUAUCUCAGAGGUUGGUAACUGUAUCGGCUCCGGUAUCGGUGGAUCGCACGCUCUACGAGGUAUGUACAAGGAUCGCUUCCUCGAUAAGCCGGUGCAAAAGGAUAUCCUUCAGGAGUCCUUUAUCAACACCAUGAGCGCAUGGGUAAACAUGCUUCUACUCUCCUCCACUGGUCCUAUCAAGACACCUGUUGGUGCUUGUGCCACGGCCGUUGAGUCCAUCGACAUCGGUUACGAGACUAUCGUCGAGGGCAAAGCGCGCGUGUGUUUCGUGGGUGGCUUCGACGACUUCCAAGAAGAAGGGUCGUAUGAGUUUGCGAACAUGCAGGCUACCAGUAACGCCGAGAAGGAAUUCGCGCAUGGCCGAACGCCCCAAGAAAUGUCCCGACCAACCACCACGACGCGUAGUGGCUUCAUGGAGUCGCAGGGUUGCGGUAUGCAGCUAAUCAUGAGCGCGCAGCUUGCGUUGGAUAUGGGUGUACCAAUCUAUGGUAUCAUUGGUCUGACCACUACUGCCACGGACAAGAUUGGUAGAUCCGUCCCAGCUCCUGGAAAGGGUGUCUUGUCAACCGCCCGGGAGAAUGCUGGCAAAUUCCCCUCGCCACUUCUGGAUAUCAAUUACCGCCGUCGCCAGCUCGAUCUCCGCAAAUCUCAAAUCAAACAAUGGCAGGAAUCUGAGCUCCUAUAUCUGAAUGAGGAAGUCGAAGCGAUGAAGGCUCAAACUACCGAACCCUUCAAUGCUGACGAGUACAUGCAAGAGCGUAUCGAGCACAUCAAGCGUGAAGCAGUCCGUCAGGAGAAAGACGCUGCAUUCAGCCUCGGUAACAACUUCUGGAAACAAGACUCGCGCAUCGCGCCACUUCGCGGCGCCCUGGCUACCUGGGGCUUGACCAUUGAUGAUCUCGACGUUGCGUCCUUCCACGGCACCUCCACCGUCGCCAACGACAAGAACGAGUGCGACGUUAUCUGCCAGCAGAUGAGGCACCUGGGUCGCCAGAAGGGCAAUGCGAUGAUGGGCAUCUUCCAGAAGUACCUCACGGGCCAUCCCAAGGGUGCCGCAGGUGGCUUCAUGUUCAACGGUGCCUUGCAGGUGUUGAAUUCGGGUCUUGUGCCCGGCAACCGUAAUGCGGAUAAUAUCGAUAAGGUCAUGGAGAAGUUCGAUUAUAUCGUCUAUCCAAGCCGGAGUCUACAGACGGAUGGCAUCAAGGCAUUCUCAGUGACGUCGUUCGGGUUCGGGCAGAAGGGAACGCAGGCCAUCGGCAUUCACCCCAAGUACCUGUUCGCAACGCUUGAUAGAGCGACAUUUGACGGGUAUAAGAGGAAAGUGGAGGCGAGGCAGAAGAAGGCGUACCGGUAUUUCCAUAACGGCUUUAUUAAUAACAGUCUGUUCGUGGCCAAGGACAAAUCGCCGUAUACCGAUGAGAUGGAGUCGGAGGUAUUCCUUAAUCCAGACGUCCGGGUUGCUCUUAAUGAAAAGACCAAUACCCUGGGCUAUGUCUCCACUCCCCGCGGCAAUAAUGGCCCCAACGUCAAACGCACCGCCACCAACAGCAAGCAAAACACAUCCACGCCACCCUCACCAUCCGAAGACAGGGCACAAACCCUCCAAACGCGUCAAAUGGUCGAGACCCUCGCCAAAGCGACCGCGACCGAAAACUCCAAAGUCGGUGUCGACGUCGAAAGCAUCGAGGCCAUCAAUAUCGAUAACGAAACGUUCGUCGAGCGUAAUUUCACCGAGGAGGAGCAGCGUUAUUGUCGCGCCACGCCGUCGCCGCAGGCGUCGUUUGCUGGCCGCUGGAGUGCCAAGGAGGCUGUUUUUAAGAGUCUUGGGGUCGUGGGGAAGGGGGCUGGUGCGGCGUUGAGGGACAUUGAGAUUUUAAGCGGGAAGGGUGGGGCGCCGGUUGUUGUUUUACACGGCGAUGCUGCUGCUGCAGCGAAGCAGGCGGGUGUUAAGGAGGUUAGUGUUAGCAUUAGCCAUAGUGAUACGCAGGCUAUUGCGAUUGCGAUGUCGAAGUUUUGAGGAGUUUGUCUUGCUCUAAGAUGUAUUACAGAUAAUGAGGUUGUAGACCUAGACGUUAUGAUAGUAGAACAGAGUAGAAGGGGGGGGAAGUACUCUUGAUUCGGCAGGCUUCUUUACUUCGGGUGAUAUCUGUUUUCUGUUAUUUCUUUUCUUAUUUCUUUUUAAUAUGCAUGUAUAGUGGGAAUGGUAAUGAAUGUUGGAGAUAAUGUCAUGUUUCCCUUUUUUAAUUUUUUUUUGUUUCGUUUUUCUUUUUCUGCUUUGAAAAUUGGUUAAUUUCUUUUACAUGAUGAGCAGCUCAAAAUGAUAUUCAAUCCUAUGUUCUUAAUUUUCAUCACAUAUCAUUGAAGUGCGUCUAGUUAUCAUCUCACCAGGUUCUGGUGCUAUCUUUCUGUCAUACCGUAUUGUAUUUCUUCUCUCUGGAAGGAAAACCUCUGUCAUCGCACGUAAAAGUACACUCAAGAAUAUUUUCUCAAUUCCGAAUUUCUUUCCCUUUUCUGAA